AUAACCACCGGCUCUUGCUUUUCGUCUAGGACUCCAUCCUUCCUUGGUUGGACAGACAAAGGCGUCUGGUCGCAUCCAAGAUGCAGAUUUUCGUCAAGACCCUCACGGGCAAGACCAUCACCCUCGAGGUUGAGUCCUCGGACACGAUCGACAAUGUCAAGGCCAAGAUCCAGGAUAAAGAAGGCAUCCCGCCCGACCAGCAGCGUCUGAUCUUCGCCGGAAAGCAGCUUGAAGACGGCCGCACGCUGAGCGACUACAACAUUCAAAAGGAGUCGACCCUUCAUCUCGUCCUCCGCCUCCGUGGUGGCGCGAAGAAGCGCAAGAAGAAGACGUACACCACCCCCAAGAAGAUCAAGCACAAGCGCAAGAAGGUCAAGAUGUCGAUCUUGAAGUACUACAAGGUCGACCCCGACGGCAAGAUCAAGCGCCUGCGUCGCGAGUGCCCCAAUGCCGAGUGCGGUGCUGGUGUCUUCAUGGCCUUCCACAAGGACCGUCAGUACUGCGGCAAGUGCGGUACCACCUACCACUUCACCCCUGGCACCCGUCCCCCCGCAUAAGUGCCUUUAGAUCAUGUAGUGUAAUGGUGUAUGGCGACGAUGUGCUAUCAUGCCAUGCAAUCCAUGCGUGUGUGCAACCGAGCCGUGAAUCGUAUGCAUUGUCUGCAAUUUCCGACCGAUCGGACCGUUUCUCACUAUCAGAAUGAUUUCUGUUGAACAUCGAAAGUAAAGCUAUUAAAUACAUUCUAGCAUGUACACUAUCCACGAUGGAGAACCAGGGCGCCCAUGAGAUCCAACCACCUUUCCGCUCAAGCAAAGAGACGUUAGACGGCUCUCACACAUCAAAUGUGUGUGCCCUCCGGUCGGUCACUGCUAUGGGGCUCGGUGGCAUGGAGGGUCCACGGGAGCCAUGUGCCCUGUCCGUCGUUGUCAUCGCAGGCAUCGAGUACUGCCUCGCCGGGCGUCCGCCGUCGAUCGAGCCCGAUAUCCGCGGGGGGUCGUACUUGCCCUCCUUGAUGGGGAGCAUAUGCUCCUUGUGGACGGGGCCUUCGCGCGUCGCCGUCGGGGUCGCGACCCACUCCCUCUUCUCGCGCUCGAGCUCCUGGUGUGUCCACGCGCCGGUUGCCGCGGCGGUGACCAUCGCCCAGAGCCAAGGGAUGCCGUAGCAGACGCCGUAGGCGGUGUCGACGCCCGCGAAGCGCGAGACGGCGAUGAGGACCGCGCCGACGACGAGGCCGGUGAUACCCCAGAGGAGCGCGGUGUAGCGAAUGAGCCGUCGGAUAACGAUGGAUUCCUCAUAGCGUAGGCGCCAUGCUUGGCGGAACUCCGUGCAGCCGCCGCCGUCGACGGCGACGACGUCUUCGACGAAGCAAUAGGUGAGGGGCGGGAGGGGUUCCCAUUUGGGGAAGGAGGAGACGCGGGCGGGCAGGCAGAUGCUAUGUGGGAAGAGGCCGGUGAUCAAGAGGGGAAGGGUCAGGGUGAGGAUCACGCAUGGGAGGGCGAGCGCGACUAUGCGCGGGUCCGCCGGCGACACGGAGGAUCCGAUGAUGAGUGGGAUGAAGAAGGCAGCCAUGCAGAGGCUGAGGAUGACUUGGAAGUAGUCAACGCCCCACCGCCCGGCGCCGAUAGGACGAUGAUUGUUCGCAUCCUUGUUGAAGUACAGAUACCACAUCCUGGUAGCAAACUUGUACCCGCUCACGGAGCCGAUGAGGCUCGUGAUAAUGGCGAGGUUCUUCGUUGUGCUCAGAUGGGCGCCCCAGCGCAGUGAGAAGAAAAGGAUGAGCGGGAGCACGCCAGCCUCGACGAAAAGCAGUGUCGCCCAUAAAAGUAUCUUUCUCUCGCGCUUGUGCUCCUUGAUGGUGUAGUUCAGGGGGGGUGGAGCACUUUCGAAGAUGGUGAAGUUCGAGUCAUCCGCGGUGUGCGCAGUGGCGGUCGGUGAUGAUCGCCGGGGCAUCUUGGUCUUCUCGUUGAACUGGUCAGAGAGGGUCGGGUCGGGGCUGGCGGUCGUGGUGGCCCGCGUGUCGAAAUCGGGACCGUUGCCGGGCUGGGCGUGCGGGUUCUGCCGCUCGGGCAUGGAGUGCAGCUUGGACUAGGCCCCUUGGCGGAGAUAUGCGAUGAGAUGGGUGGUGGUCGUAAACGGUCGUAACGUCGAGCAGAUCGAGCGAGGCGGUC